UUGUUUAAAGUAUUUUACUCUCAUAAAGGUUAAUAUUAUUAUAUAAAGCUCUUUCAUUAUGAAAAUAGUAAACAUUAUUGAAAAUUUAAAAAAGUUGUCGACAUACUGAAAAUGUUUCACUUCUUCUAUUUACCAUUCAUAAUUCAAAAUCAUGAGUAAACAAGUAAUAAGUAACCACAAGAAGCUGACAUAAUCGAGUUCAUUAGGUUUAAUUGUGGAAAAUCGAGUACACACACUUACACCUAUUAUACGCACUUACAGAUACCACAAUUUAAAAAAUGUUUAGGCUAAGCCAUAAGUGACAGUUGAACUUCUCGAGCCGCAAACGAAAUCUAUUUCCUUACAGUUCUCAACAGCAAAAAUUUUUGUUAUAAAUUGAUCAUUCUAAGCUUUGAAUAUCAUUAGUUCAGUAUCAGCUGUAAACAAAGUACAAACAAACUACAACAAAAUGAAAUUCCUUAUUUGCUUGGCUCUCCUCUUCGCCGUCGCCCAGGCUAAUCCCGGUAUCGUGGCACCUUUCACCUACUCGGCUGUGCCCACAGUAGCCACCUAUGCUGCAUCGCCAUAUGCCUACAGCGCUUAUGCCGCACCUGCCGUUUCCACCUACUCACACGCUGCCUACUCCGCCCCAGCUGUGGCCACUUACUCGCAAGUUGCUGCUCCUGCUGUGUACAGUGCACCAUUCGCCCGCUUUGCCGCAGUCGCUCCUGUUGCCUACUCUGCUCCAGUCAUCUCCACACUCCUGAAGAAAUAGAAAGAAAGUUUUUAUGAAUAAUGCAUUUAGUUGAUGGACCUGUGAAUAAAUAUUGAAUAAGCUGUAAAUUUA